GACCAUCUCCAUCAACUGCAUCACGGCGGCUCUGGGCGCGCUCUCCCUCUACAACAUGAGCACCGGGGACAAGUUCAGCCGAGGCAAGUCUGCGCGCUGCGGGCUGGUCUUCUCCGUGGGCAAGUUCUUCAGGUGGAUGGUGGACAGCCGGGUGGCGCUGAGGAUCCACGAGCACGCCGCCAUCUACCUGACCGCCUGCAUGGAGAGUCUGUUUAGGGAGGUGCUGGGCCGCGUCCUGCGCAGCGCGCUGGUGGAGAGGGACAACGGCAUCCCCAAGUUGACGGUGGAGACCCUGGAGCAAGCCAUCAACGGUGACUCGGAGAUGUGGGGUCUGCUGCAGCCCUACCAACACCUCAUCUGCGGCAAGAACUCCAGCGUCAACAAAAACGGCUCUGAUUGGCUCUCGUCUGUUUACGACAUCAUCGACCGACUGCUUUUCAUUGUGACGUCAACAUCUCCCAUAAGUUUAUGAAGAAAGUCUUGUUCCAUCAUUCUGACAUACGGUGUUAGAACAUGACAUGUGUCGUAUGUAAGUUCCGACCUUUAUAUCUCUAUAUAAAUAUCACAUAACUUCAUAUUUUAAAAACAUGUUAGAAACAUCAGGGCAGCUGUGGCUCAAACCAAACUUCCUGGUCAUCGCCGCCUGAACCUGUUCUUUAAAUACAGAACCCUAAUCCCAUCCUUCUCUUUGACUUUAUCCCGAGAACCCGAUCCGUCCUCUGCGGGAGAGAUGAUGCAUCUUAAUGGGAGGAGAUGACCUCCUCUUGUCAGUCUAUUAAAUUAACAGCAGGAGUCUCUCCUUUCUCCUCCCCUCACUCCUCGUCUUCCACACCAGAAUUUAUUGAGUUUCCUUUUACCGGGGAGAGAAGAGUAUCCUCCGUGCUCGCAAAUGUGGUGAUUUAUUUGGUUCUUAAUAAACUCCACCCGUGCCCACAUGCUUCUGGCACCGACUUUGUGUUGUCCAUUCUGUUAUUAAUAUUGUCUGGCCGUCCUCCCUUCCUUCUUUCCUUCCGUCCUUCCUUCUCUCCUUCCCUUGGCGUGGGAUUCGCAGAUGAGCUGACAGAUUGCUGUUGUCCUGCAGAAAACGCGAGCACGUCGGCCUACAAGCUGCUGGUGAUGGAUUUUUAUGCCCUGGUAAUUUCAUAAGAGCCACGGCUUCACCCGCUUCACUUCACCCGCCGGCUGUACGAGCAGCAGCAGCAGCAGCAGCAGCAGCAGCAGCAGUGAUCACUGAUUGUGAAUUUAUGAGCAGUUGUUUUGUGACACUGUUGAAUUUUAUGAGCUAAGAUUUUUUCUCUAACGUAUGUGGUUCGUGUACAUAUUGAAUAUGUAUUUCAUCGGAUUCGCAGUCUUUUCAGUAACAGUAAAGCGUACUGACAUAUAACUGCUGGAGACGUGCAGUCAGGACGACCGAGACCAGUCCAAAAACCUGUGGUUUGUUAACUGUGUCAUUGCUGCCUGGACUUUUCCCAGAAACUAGGUUAAAGCACCGUGUUAGCAGGACAUCUGUGAGUGUUAAAGGGACGUGUUGCUUAAAGGGACGGUUCAGGUUGUUUUGAGGUAUGUUUCAUAUUGACUUUACCUUCAGCCACAAUUUUUUAAUUUUUAAAAAAGGGUCGGAUUGAAACCCCAAAUGGGACAGUUUUGGCCCAAGGACCGUAUAUUUACCACUCCUGGACUAAAAGUUUAAAUUAGAGGGGCAAACCCCCCCCCCCCCCCCCGAU